CGAUCCUACAAUCGAGAUUGUGUAAGUUCAAAGAAAAACCAACGUCUGAUCCGAUACAGCAGUUUUACUGACCGUGAAUAGGUGGGAGGCUACAAACGUAGCUCUAUGGUUCGUCGCAUCUCUAUGCAGUUUCGUUGAAAUUGCCAAAUACUUCGCAGAGGCCUUGACUCCGUGGACCAUGCUCUUUACACACGUCAUAAAGUUGACCUGCGCAAUCGCCACUCUCGUGCUUGAUAUAGUUGUCUACACUGAGAAACACGACAAGCACUACUCCCUUGUCGCUCUUGGGUUAGACUGUGCUUUUAUCAUCACCUCACUCGUCCUGGUUUUCUACUCCGUGCGAAGAUACCGUCGCCUUUCUGCUUACGACGAUUAUACACACCCUAUCAACGUCAAACCUUAUGGCUUCAACGACGACCUUGAGCGUGAUACUUCAUAUGCUCGACAGUCUACCGACAAGCGCUUUUCUUCAACAUCUUCACGAGCUAGCAUUAUCUCCAAGCGUGAAUCUGUUGAGAUGGGCACCGUCCAGCGAACACCAAGCGUCUAUUCACACAAGCGCGACACUCAAUUCGACGAUUAUGUAGCACGUCGCGGCUCCGUCACGAAAGAACGCAUUGGCAGUGGAGACUUCAGUUACGCUGGAGCUCAAGGCGAGGCUCAAGACUCUGGAGCAACACUUACACCAACUCGCCCAAGGGGCGCCAGUAGCGGUCGAGCAGCGAGCUGGACGAGCGACCGAGGGCUCGUAGCUGUACCAGAAGAGGACGAUGAUACGACAGCGGGCAAGGAAUCCAAGACAGAAAAGGAAAAGAAGGAUCGUGAGGCUCUUUUGGGCAACACUCCUCGCGAGAGCAUUGAUGGCCAAGUUGUUCCACAAGAAGCCGACCUGUCGGAACCCAGGUGGCAGCGCGAACAGUGACAAGGGGAGGGAAUGAGAGUGAUUCAUUGAUAAAGAGAGUCUCAUGAGACUUACACGAGAAGAAGACUAUUUGGUUCCCAUCUCUACGACUGUAUAUACCCACAGGAGAAUUGGCGUUUCAGGGGGGUUUGAGCAGCAUUGAAGGCUGAGUGUUUCGUGAUAUUCGACAAUGAUAGAUGCAAAUAUUUGUUUCACAAUUUGACUCUGAAUGAAUAGUCUUCUCAAUAAUUGAGACCGAAGCUCUUGGUUAUCCUUUUUCUUAAGUGCGAUGGAUGGAUAAAGCGUGUCUUUUGGGUAGGUUGAAGGAAGAAGGUUGACCCAGCUGCUGAAGAGGUAAAUGGUAUUUAUACUACUUAAUUAAGGCAGCAAUUGCAUCAUUGAGG